AUGCGGUCGAUUGAUCCAGUUGGCAAUGUUGCUGGCGUUGUCCACCGACAUCGCUAUAGGCCUACUCCGCUUAUUGAAAGCAACGGCAUCAAAUUGCCUUAUUCCUGUCGCGCGGGGGUUUAUUCUUCUUGUGCUGGAAAACUGGUUUCUGGAACAAUUCAGCAAGAUGAUCAAGACUUCCUAGAUUCUGAUCAGGUAGAGGCGGGUUACGUCCUACUCUGCAUCGCUUACCCAACUAGCGAUUGCAUCAUCAAGGCCAAUGCGGAAGAUGAACUCUAA